AUGGCUGCCGCAGGGGGCGCUUCCAGCAUCAUCACCCAGGUCCAGCAGACCGGCGGACCACCCAUCAAUACACUCGGAGAUAUUGGGGGAGAUGAACACAUCACGCUGGACCUCCGGGGUAUCCGGUUUACACUGUCCCGAGAUGAGCUGUUGACUUUACCAGAAUUCGUUCUGCUUUCUCUGUUUCCCAACGGCCUUCUUCCCGAUGGCCACAUGGGCGGAUUCCAUGAGGGUGAUAUCUACCCUGUUGAUUAUGACCCAGCAUCCCUCCAGUUCAUGCUGGACUUCUUCCGAUCUGUCGCGCAAUCCAUCCCAUCUUCCCUGCCUUCUGCAUCGACGUCCCCGGAGCUGGAAGCUCCUGAUGCCAUGCAAAACUCCGCCCGCGACAUGCUCCAGGACCGUGCUGGAAUCAUCGUUCUCCGCGAAGACCUCGACUUCUAUGUCAUCCCACCGCGCCCUGAAAUAGGCCAUGAAGAAAUGCUCGAAGUCAAGCGUGCGGCUGGCCGAGCUUUGCUGAAGCAGGAUGGCAUCUUCUCAGGGCUGCGCAAGAGCGAGGAGGUCGGCUCUACUGAACAGCACCUCAUCGAGAUGUUGACGGCAGGUGGAUUUGAUCGCGAGGAUCACUGGGGUCACCGCGCUCCGGAGCCCAACAAGGCGGUUAUUUGCAGCCUGGCUCUGGCCAAGCUUCGAACCGACAUUCGCGGCGAUCUCUCCACCAACAAUGCUGUCGGUAUGGCUCAGAAGCUCCUGCUUUUCUGGCGGAAGCCCGCCCGCCGCUGCUGGUGGGAGGGUGUGGACCUCGACGAUGUCGAGGGUGUCGAGGGUCAGGUCAAGGUCUGGAUCCGGAGAGUGUGGACCCUGGAAAUGAGUGUUAUCGGGCUGCGGUGA